AUGAGUUGUUUCCAGACUUCAGAGAGCCAGUCUUGGAUUUAUCCCACUGUGAUCCUCUGCCUGUUUGGAUUUUUCUCCAUGAUGAGACCUUCAGAACCCUUCCUUAUGGUGUAUUUAUCUGGACCAGAUAAAAACCUGACCAGUGCAGAGCUCACAAAUGAGAUCUUCCCCGUGUGGACCUACUCUUCCCUGGCGCUACUGCUCCCAGUCUUUAUCCUCACCGAUUAUGUCCGCUACAAGCCAGUCAUCGUCCUCCAGGGGAUUAGCUUCAUCAUUUGCUGGGUGCUGCUCUUGUUUGGCCAAGGAGUCAGGACCAUGCAGGUGCUGGAAUUCUUCUAUGGGAUGGUCACCGCCACCGAGGUGGCCUACUAUGCCUACAUUUACAGCGUGGUCAGCCCGGAGCACUACCAGAAGGUGAGCGGCUACUGCAGGAGUGUCACGCUGAUGGCCUACACGGCGGCCUCCGCGCUGGCCCAGCUCUUGGUAUCCCUGGCCGGCCUGUCCUACUUUUACCUCAACGUCAUAUCCUUGGCCUCUGUCUCCGUGGCCUUCCUCUUCUCACUUUUCCUACCCAUGCCUAAGAAGAGCAUGUUUUUUCAUGCAAAACCCAGCCAAGAAGCCCUUCCAAAGCCACCAGGAAUGGACACUGUCUCAGAGGAACCUCAACAGGAUCACAAACCAGUGGGAAAAGAAGUGUUCACUGAUUCAGGGAACCCAGAUGAUGGCCAGGUGACCAACCCAAAGCCAGGAAAUGUAGCUCUGAGAGUUUUUGUGCAGUGGUUACAAGAUUUGAAGCAGUGUUACUCCUCAAAACAUCUUUUUUACUGGUCCCUGUGGUGGGCUUUUUCCACAGCAGGUUAUAACCAGGUUUUGAACUAUGUUCAAGUCCUGUGGGAUUACAAAGCACCGUCCCAGAGUUCAGUAUAUAAUGGAGCAGUAGAAGCUAUUGCAACCUUUGGAGGGGCCCUGGCUGCCUUCGCAGUGGGUUACGUGAAAGUCAACUGGGAUCUUCUGGGAGAGCUGGCUCUGGCCAUCUUCUCAGUUGUCAAUGCAGGCUCUCUAUUUCUCAUGCAUUACACGACCAACAUAUGGGCAUGCUACACUGGCUAUUUGAUAUUCAAGACUGUUUAUAUGCUCCUUAUCACUAUAGCAGUGUUUCAGAUCGCUGUUAAUCUGAGUGUGGAACGCUAUGCCCUGGUGUUUGGAAUCAAUACCUUCAUUGCCCUGGUGAUUCAGACCAUUAUAACUGUAAUUGUAGUAGAUCAGGGAGGACUGGGGCUUCCAAUCAGCAUUCAGUUUUUAGUUUAUGGAAGUUACUUUGCAGCCAUUGCUGGCAUUUUCCUGAUGAGAAGCAUAUACAUUAUCUACUCAGCCACAUGCCGAAAGAGAGUACAGAACUCUGUUACUACAAGUCAGAAUCAAUAUAGGCCACACCCAGAGGAACCAAAGAACGUCUAA